UCGAUCUGUAGAAAUAUUAAAUGAUCAUUAUUCGUGUGUGUUUUCAUUAUACUUUUGUUCCAUGUCAACGACUACGACGACGAUUCGGAACGAUAAUCGACGAAUAUCAGACGCUCGGUCACCGGAUAAGACGCGUUGCGGUACCCUCGGUAUACCUGCUUUCUGUGUCGUGGUAUAUAAUAUGUCGUAGGUGGUUAUAAUAUUAUUAUAUCAUACUGGGGCUACAACACUGACAAAUACCUACACCGUCUAUCAUAGUAGACGACGUACCGUCCUGCUACACGACUGCAACGACUGCAGCUGCUGCAGUCUCGACCGGAUACCUUUAGCCACCAGUUGCGUACUUGCGUCCUGCAUCGACGGUCAUCGUCAAGUCGUGCGCGCACACAUACGCAAUACACACACACAGCAUUAUCAUAAUUAUUAGGUAAACCGCGAAGUGGAAAUAAUGUUCAGCAGUAAGUGUACGAGUAAGGCCAGGCUGGAUGGAAAAACUGCCAUCGUCACCGGCUCGAACACGGGCAUUGGCAAAGUCACUGCAAAAGAAUUCUAUAGACUAGGUGCGAGGGUCAUAUUGGCGUGCAGGGACGUUAAAAAAGCAGAACAAGCUGUGGAGGAAAUCGUGGCUGAAGUACAGGGCGACGGUGUCGGGCAACUGGUCAUAGAGGCAUUAGAUUUGGCAUCUUUCGCUUCUAUUAAACUCUGUGCGAAAAGUAUUUUACAAAAAGAAAAACAUAUUCACCUGUUGGUGAACAAUGCCGGUGUUAUGACGUGCCCUAAGGGUAAGACCCAAGACGGUUUUGAAACCCAGUUCGGCAUCAAUCACUUGGGACACUUUCUGUUCACAAUGCUUCUGUUGCCAAGAAUCCGACGUUCAACUCCAGCUCGCAUUGUAAACGUAGCGUCUCUGGCACAUGUAUUCGGGUCAAUCAAUUUCAAAGACAUCAACCACGAUGCAAGUUAUUCACCCUCCACAGCUUACAGUCAAAGUAAGCUGGCCAACGUGUUGUUUUCAAAAGAACUGUCGCGAAAACUCGAAGGGACCGGAGUUCACGUGUACAGCUUACAUCCCGGUAUCGUACGCACCGAAUUGACCAGAACACUCGACCAAGUAUACUUUCCAGGUAUGUGGUUCUUGGGUCGUAUCUUCCUCUAUCCGUGGGUCAAGAAUCCGAAGCAAGGAGCUCAGACAACUUUAUACUGUUCGAUAGACGAGAAAUCCGGGACGGAAACUGGACUUUAUUACAGCGAUUGCAAGGUGAAAGAACCGUCCGCGGCAGCCAGAAACCCAGAAUUGGCGAAAAAACUUUGGGAAACAAGCAUAGAAAUGGUCGGCUUAAAGGAUUACGACAUGUUCAACUGCAGCGGAGACGCGCUUCCUGAACCUUUAAAAGACAUCUGAACGAAAAUUGCUUGUCGUUUUUAAAAAUAAUAAUAUGAAUAGUUUCGUUUUGUUUUUUUUUUUAUUGGUUUUUUAAACAUAAUUUUUAAUCCAUUUAUAUUUUUAUAAUAAAGAAACUGUUUUUAUCGAACAUAUUA